AGUGGUGGUGAUGUUGGUCGUGUGUCUGCGCCUCCUCUACCACACAGCACCGCACCGCCUCCUGGACAACAUGGCGCACGGAGGAGCGAAUGGAGAUUUUCCAUAUUUACCUUCAGGGGCAGCAGAAGUUAACCGAAUGAUCCAGGAACACAGCGACCUGUUUUCAGACUCGCAGUGUAAAGUGUGCAGCGCUAUCCUCAUUUCAGAGUCUCAGAAACUUGCUCACUACCAGAGCAAGAAACAUGCAAGUAAAGUACGCCGGUAUAUGUCCACCCACAAAGAUGAAGAACCCUUUGCCAAAAGAUUUAAAUCUUCAUCAGAUGAACCUGUAAGUGAUGUAAGUCAAGGGGACAAAUACAAAGCUUGCCAUGUGUGCAACAUGACAUUUUCCUCUGCAGUGGUGGCAGAAUCUCACUAUCAAGGCAAAGUGCACGCCAAGAAUCUUAGAUUAAAAAACUUUGGUCCACAGACGCCAGCAUUACCUCAGCCUAAGGCUAAGGUGAACAAGGAGGAUGUGCAGACUACAGGAGGGCAGGGCCCUGCUGCGGAAGACCCCAACCGUUUCUGCUCCAUCUGCCAGGCGUCUUUCAACAACCCACUCAUGGCUCAACAGCACUAUGUUGGCAAGAAGCAUAAAAAACAGUUGACUAAACAGAAACUGAUGGAGACCUAUGGACCCUCCACCGCACCAGCCUCUACACUAAAGGGCUAUCCAUGCACUGUGUGCAAUAUUGAGCUCAAUUCAGUGGAACAGUACCAGGCUCAUAUCAGUGGCUCCAAACACAAGAACCAAGUUAAAGUUAAGAGAGGUGGCAACUCAUUUGUUGGUCCCUCAGAGAACCACCAGUCACCGUACCAGUAUGGCUCUAACGAGGAGGACCCAGCCCAGAAGGACUGGGGCAGCUUCAACCAGGACUAUGAGUGAGGAGAUGCCUUUAGCCAUCACUGUCCUCGCCAUGUGUGUGACGAGCUGCUACUGUUGGGCACAGACAAUGUCUGUUUGUACUGUGCACCUCCUAAUGCCAGCUUUUGCUUAUCACAGCUCCUCUUUGUGUUUGGUGUAUUUUUCUCCGUCAGACAUAGAUGAGUGACAACUUCUAACCUCCAUACUGUAUUCAUUCUCUCAGAAAGUGAAGGAUAGCAGAAGUCAUUAAAAAAAAAGAGUGCUGUUCCCCUCUCAUUAGGGCAUUUCAUGAGACCUUGCAUUUCAGUUUACGAAUAUUUAAGUAACUUAAGAGUGUUUAUUGUCAAAAUAUGUUACGUAAAUACUUCAGAACACUACAGACAGUUUCUGGUGACAGUCAAAAUGUUUUUUCAAACCUUGUUUUACAAAAUUUGUUUGAAAAGGAAUGUCUUUUAUGAAAUCUCUCUAAAAUGUUGUUGACAUUUUAGCGUAAUGGGUUAAGUUUGGCCAUUUUUGUUGAAGUCAGCAACGAAAGGGGUGUCUGUUGGUGUAUGUUGUAGCUUAAAUAGUGCUAUAUUUCCUAGUUUUUUGUUUUAUACUGCUAUGUUCAAGGAAUCAUUUUAUUUUUAUGUAAAGUCAUACGUUUGACCAGUGGAGGGCAGUAGAGGUUUUUUCUUUUCUUUGACCUGUUUCACCUUUGUAUUUGCCUGGCUAAAAAGCCAUUAUGUUGCAGUCAUCUGCUUACACCACAGUCUGUGGACUGCCGUUUGUACUGAUUGGAUGUUUCAUGCUUUUUUUCUUGUUUUGUGGAUCAUCAUUAUUAUAAUUCACUAAUUCUCUCUAUUAAGCAGCAUGUUACAGUUUAGUGACCAUGUCCUCAAUUGUGCAAAUAAGCAAAAUGUGCAAACUGAUCAUUGAAUUCUUUUAUGUUUCAAGUGCACAGUUAGAAACUUAGAUUAAUGAGGGGCUGUUCUCCAACGUAUGGAACUGUGUACCCAGCUAGAACCUUUUCAGCUUAAUAGAAGUGAGUGCGGAGCACAUUUAGUUUUUUGCUAAAUGUUAAAAUUGAACAGGAUUAAUACAAGCAGCGUGUACGCUUUGGCUACAAAUGAACUUAAUCUUUGUUUGGAGCACCUGCUGUUUGUUAGCAGUUGAGCUGAAGGUGGUGAGUGUUACACCUUGCUCCAUAGAUGGGGCUGAUGGUAACAGGCUGUGGCGAUAGGUGUAACAGUUGCUAAAUGUCUAGUAAAAUGAUUCAAACAUGGUUGGUUCAAUUAUGUGUUAUUUGAACCAGGCGUGCUUUCCAACCUUAAAACGUAACGGCUGCGUUAAAAAAGCGUUAUUAGUGAAAAGAGACAAAUUUAUAUUUGACCACGAAGUAGAACAGCAAAUAUCAGCAUGAUUAAACAGCAUUAUAUUUUAUUUGCAUCUUCGGUCAUUUUUUUUUUUCAAUGUACCAGAAGUAGAAUACUUCCAUGAUAGAGGAAGGUCCUCAUGAUGAAAAUGUCUGAAAUAUAUGUCCAAAUUACAGUGAAAAUGUACAGAUGAUGCUAUGGAAACAAAAAGGCACAUUUUGUUUGAAUCUGAUUAACUACAUGCAAAAUCCUUGUUACAUUCUGUACAUCUGUAACCCCCUUUUUAAGUAUACAGUACCAGUCAAAAGAUUUGGACACCUGGUUAUUUUUUUUUUGUUUUUAUAUAAAUAUAAUCCUGGACUAUGUUCACAUUCAGGGCUGAAGUGCCGCAAAUAUGAUUUUUUGCAUAAAUGGGACACAUUUGCCUGACUAGAUUUUUUUUCAGACCAUAGAAACCUUCCAGUCUUAUUUGAGCCACUCUAUGUGUGUUCCCUGAUCAUUUAUACAAAAUAUCUGCCUUAUUAUUGUGUUUUUUUCUUUGUGUGUGUGUGUUGUUUUUCCUCAGAUGCAGUCUUUCUGUAUAGGUACCAUUAGUUCUUGUAAUUUCCUCAUAUGAUGAAGUGGAAAUGGAGACAUAAACAAGCCUUUUAUUUAUAUUUUUAUUAAUAGAGGAUGUUUUAUUGGAAAAUAUGUAAAAGAAGUAUGUCAUAUA